AUGCGACCGUCAGUGGCAGAGUACAGUGGUGUUUCAGUAUUAUUUGCACCCCGGUCUAUAUCCCCGCACCAGCAACGAGAAUUUAUAGGAGGAGCCGCCACUUACCAUAAUCUCAUGGCGGGACUCUACCAAAGGCAACUGCCCCGAAAGGCCACCCAUGAUAAAUUUGCUGCUCUCCCUGAGCCGCGUCAUCGUUGUCUCACUGGCAGUUUGCUUUAUCUCUGA